UCAGUAACUGCAUAUCGUGAUGUAAUCAAAACGUAGGCAGUGAGAGCUGUAUAAAUCAUCACUCAUUCUCAAGAUUGAUGUCAUUUGAUAGUUAGCUUCAGGAACACUUAAUAUUGACAACUAUAUAUUCAUCAUCCUCACUCCUCCAUCAAGUUGAACAUCUUAAGAAUUCAGCAAAAUAUGCUAUCCUUUUAUUUCGCAGGAAUAUCUAGAUAGACUACUCAAUAGAUUAAUUAUCAUUAUACUGAAGGAAAAUUUUCUGUUUCAAAGAAGAUCAAGACAAAACCAAAAAUUAGCAAGCAUGGCUUUUGUUGAGGUCAUAUUGACAGCAUUAAUGCUGGUCUUGAUGACAACAUCAUCAUCUUCAUCAUCAAUUUGUUCAUCAUGCCCAGCUAAGCAUCUUCAGCAACAAUUUUGUGAUGCAGAAAUUGUAUUACGAGGACGAGUUAAAGAUGAUAUGACUGUGAAAGUGGUGAGUUUCUUCAAGUCACCGAGUUCUUUCAAUGCUAUGAAGCGAAGGGGUAUUACUGUUACCUUUGACAGACCAAGCUGUAGAGAGUCUCAUCUUAAACCAGGGGCAACUUAUCUUAUCAUGGGAAGUUCACAUGGUAAUGUUCUCCAUAUUGGAUCUUGUGAUGCAGUCAUACUAUGGUCUAAUCUUAAAUCUGUACAGAGACAAGGAGUAGAAAGUGUUUAUGGACUUUUCUGUGAUGAAUGCAGGGUGAAUGAGACCCACUCUGUAAUCAGGCCCCACAUUGACCCCUUCCUUGAAGAGAAUGAGAUCCAGAGUGGUGCCGAUACACUUUGGAGGAAAGACGAUUGUUUCUAUAACCCACUAGCAUCUCGUCAGUACAUGGUAGAUGACUGUGAGACAAUGUACAGUGUUUGUGUACCUAACAUGGAUGGUACAGGGCGCUGCUCAUGGCUACACUCUGAGAAGUACAUCUACUGCUCUAAGAGGCGUAAGAAUAGUGCCUGUCUUCAGAUGGGAGGGGCAUAUGCUUUUCUACCAGGAUGGACCUGUCCUGAGAAUUGUGAUGAUAUUCAGGAAGAUUGUCUACGUGAGAUGUGUUUGCAAGCUACAGCGGGUAUCAAAUGUCCAACGAGUAUACACCAAAGACCUAUCCCAUAUAUUCUUAAUAACAAUGUUUAACCGUGAUUAAUGUGGCAUUACCUUUAAUUUAUUUUAGUGUAAUAUUUACAUGUAAGAAUUGGUGCAAUAUAAUUUGUGUUUUCUUUCAGAACGAGAGAGCUUAUUGGUCGCAAUAUCAAGAAAAAUAUAUACAAUUUCGGUGUUUAAAGCAUUAAGAUUAAAAAAACUGGUGACAAAUAAAAAUAAAUGAGAGGCCAUAAACUAUAAUAAUUCAUAUAAUAUGAAUUAUACAUUCUUUUCUCUCUCUAGUGAGAUAAAAAAAUGGAAAGAUAAAAAUGCAGAUUUGCAUACAAAAAAAACCAUAACUGGAAGGGUCCACAAUUAAAGAUGCUGUGAUUAUGUUGGUGUUUGUUAUAAUUGUCAUAUAGUGCUUUCUAGAAAGUGUUGUCAUGGUUGUGUAUUUAUGUACUUAUUUGUAAGUGUCUUGACAUAAUUCUUUUUUUAGGGGGAGGGGGGGGGGGCAGACAAGGAACAAUUAUAUUAUAAAAGAAAAUGAAAAAAAAUAUUGAAAUAAUUUAAAGUUAAUAAACAAUGGGAUUGUUUUGAUGGUUUAACUUUUCUACACAGGUUUUGUCUUAAUUGGUCUCUGAAAAAAAUGCCUUGUUUUGUAUAGAUUUUUCAUAACUAUGUAAAAUAAACUUGACUGACGAUC